AUGGCUGUCAUCGGCAAAGUGGUUACGCGACAUUUUCGCGUUCCUUUACGUGAUUUAUUAUUAAAUAGAACACAUAGAUAUUACUCAAUUUUACCUCUCAAAACUAAAUUUUACCACAAUACUGAAUAUAAGCAUAGAUUCCAGAAUAAACCAUUUAUAUUAAAUAAAAAUUUGAAUACUUUAAAAAGUUAUAUCAAAACUAUGGGGGCACUGAGUCCUUUGGAUCCCUCUUCUUUUUCAAGGCCAGAAUUGGCUGUUAUAAAACAUAUAGAUCUAUCAUACAAAGUGGAUUUUGAAAAUAAAAUAUUAUAUGGUACAGCAGUUCUUAAUAUUCAAGUUAUAGACUACAUAGAAGAUGUGAUAUUAGAUACAAGUGAUCUUACAAUAGAAUCAAUUGAAUUGAGGGACGGCACACCAUUGAAGUACACAUUGGAUGAAGUCGUUCCAAACUAUGGCUCAAAACUGACAAUAGUAUUACCACAAUCUGCGGCACCUGAACAAAAGUUGGAAAUUAAGAUAAACUACAAGUCGUCGCCGUCCGCGACUGCAUUGCAAUGGUUGGAACCAAAUCAAACUUCUGGCAAGAAACAUCCAUAUAUGUUCAGCCAGUGUCAGCCAGUGCAUGCCCGCUCUAUCUUGCCUUGUCAAGACACACCAGCAGUAAAGUUCACAUAUGAAGCGGAAAUAUCUGCUCCCGAGGAGUUCACAGUACUAAUGAGUGCUAUACGCGGGGAGAGCAAGGGAAAUAAAACUAGUUUCAGUCAACCGGUGCCUAUACCGUCUUAUUUAUUGGCAAUCGCUGUAGCAGUGCUGGAUUCUAGAUCUUUAGGACCUAGGUCUCAUGUAUGGUCAGAAAAGGAAGAAAUAGAGAAAAGUGCUUGGGAAUUUGCAGAUACUGAAAAGUAUUUGCAAGCUGCAGAGAAAUUGUGUGGCCCGUACCAGUGGACUCAGUACGACUUACUGGUCCUCCCCCCUUCGUUCCCCUAUGGGGGCAUGGAGAACCCAUGUCUGACGUUUGUCACACCCACAUUAUUGGCGGGAGACAGGAGUCAAGCGGAUGUGAUAGUUCAUGAGAUAAUGCACAGUUGGACCGGUAAUCUUGUAACAAAUAGGAACUUCGAGCAUUUCUGGCUUAAUGAAGGCUUCACAGUCUUCCUUGAGAGGAAAGUUGGUGCUUCAUUAAUAAAUGACUCGACUGAAGCAAAGAAAAGCAGGGACUUCCACAGCUUGCUCGGACUGCAAGAGCUAAGUGAAACUAUAAACAGUAAUCUUGGUGCAGACAACCCCUUGACAUGUUUGGUGCCAGACCUAAAUAGCACUCACCCCGAUGACUCAUUUUCAAGGAUAAAUGAUGACUUAGGUCCCAAUAACCCGUUAACACGUUUGGUUGUGGACCUCAACGGUGUACAUCCUGACGAUGCCUUCUCAACUGUUCCAUACGAAAAAGGAUCGCUAUUUUUAAGAUAUUUAGAACAUCUGCUUGGAGGACCGGCUGUAUUUGAUGACUUCCUGCGUUCCUAUCUGAAUCAUUUUCAAAGGAAAUCUUUAGACACAGAUCAAUUUAAGACCUACCUUCUAGAAUAUUUUAAAGAUAACGACAAGCUAGCGAAUGUGGAUUGGGAAAGCUGGCUUUACAAGACUGGCAUGCCUCCUAUUAUACCUGACUAUGAUACAUCUAUGACCAAAGCAGUCACUUCUCUCCUCGCCAAGAUUAAUGAAACUGACUUCACAUGUUCUUACAACGACAUUAAAUCGUUCACUCCGCAUCAAGUUAUCAAUCUACUUCAAUCAUUGAUAGAUCAAGAUCCUUUGUCUUUGGAGAAACUUCAAGAGAUUGGUGCAACUUAUAAAAUAACUAAUGCUAAAAAUACCGAAAUUUUAUAUAGAUGGCUCAGGUUAUGUAUAAGGAGUAAGGAUGAAGCGAAAUUGAAUGAUGUGUUUGCUUUUGUUAAUCAACAAGGUCGUAUGAAGUAUGUACGUCCCAUCUACAGAGACCUCUACGCUUGGGAAGCAGUAAGGGACCGUGCUAUUGAAAAUUUCCUUAAAAACGAGCCUUAUAUGAUGCACGUGAGUGCAUAUACAUUGAGGAAAGAUUUGCAUCUCAGUGAA